CAAGACCGGCCGCUCUGCACGUUUGGUGCAGUGGGGUGCCAUAUCGUGCAUUUAACGUGAAUAUUCAUGAUUUUGCUUUUGGGUUAAACUUUGGAGCGUCGUAUGUUAAUUUGCUGUGAAUUGACACGUUUCCGUAUAAGGACUUGGUCGAGGUGUUCGUCUUCACAAGGCAUACCAAAGACCGGCCGCCAUGACGGUCAAGUCGGGUCGCGUGCGGUGCUUCUUCGACCUGGAGCUGGACGGCGUGCCGCUGGGCCGGGUGGUGUUCGAGCUGUUCAGCGACCUGUGCCCGAUCACGGCCGAGAACUUUCGCGCCCUCUGCACCGGCGAGAAAGGCCUCGGCCAGAACACAGGCAAGCCGCUGCACUACCAGCACGUCAAGCUGCACCGCGUCGUCAAGGACUUUAUGAUCCAGGGCGGCGACUUCUCGGCCGGCAACGGCACCGGCGGCGAGUCCAUCUACGGCGGCACCUUCGACGAUGAAAACUUCGAACUCGAGCAUGACCAGCCGUUCCUGCUAUCCAUGGCGAAUCGCGGCAAGAAUACCAACGGAUCCCAGUUCUUUCUAACUACCCAGCCUGCGCCGCACCUGAAUGGAGUUCACGUAGUGUUCGGGCACGUGGUGUCCGGCCAGGAGGUCGUGACCCAGGUGGAGUCGGUGUCCACGGACAACAAGUCGCGUCCGCUGCAGGACGUGCGCAUCGCCCGCUGCGGCGAGCUGGUGCUGCAGACCAAGCAGAAGGAAAAGAAGAAGAAGAAGAAACGAGACCGAAGUGCUUCUUCUGAGGCGGAGGAAAGGAGCAAAAAGAAAAAGAAACACGACAAAAAGGAAAAGAAGGCAAAGAAAGCCAAGGAAUCGGAGGCGCCUGAGGAGGGCGAGGUGGCGGAGGAGGCGACAGAGGAGCCAGCCGGUGCCGACCACCCGCUCGCCUCUACCACCAAGAUCGAUCCGGACGAGAUCCCACCCGUGCCCGAGAACCGCUUCUUGGACCGUGGCGGGGGACGCGCCGGCGCCGGCGGCGACGGAGGCGGAGAGAGCAGCCGGCCUCGCGAGCGGGAGCGCGAGGGAGAGCACCGGCACAGGGAGCGGCGCCGCUCGCGUACCGAGAUCCGCGCCGGCAAGCGCAUCAAAGGGCGCGGCUUCCUGCGGUACGACCCGGAGAUGGCCCGCUCUCGCAGCCGCACGCCGCCCCACUGGCGCGUCGCGCAGAAGCGCACCAUCAAACUGAGCGACUUCGAGCGUAUCAAGGAGCAGGAGAGCCGGCGCGCCGAGGAGCUGAAGACCCGCGAGGAGGAGCGCCAGAAGCGCCACGCCGAGCGCGACCAGCAGGAGCAGGAGCGACGCGAGCGGCGCCACAAGGAGCGCGAGGAGCGGCACAAACGGCGGGCCGGCCGCUCGGGCGAGGACGCUGAGCGCGGCGGUUCGGCCGGCCACGCCGGCGAGGAGGCAGACGUGGAGGAUAUCCACGAGCGGCUGGACUACGAGGACGCCGCCGUCGACGAGCAGCAGGCGGCCGCCGUGGAUGAGGACGAGUCGGCCGACGAGGACGAGUCGGGCCGCAGGCUGCUGCGGCUCAUCCAGGAGCGCCAGAAGCGCCGGCUGGAGGCGUUCGAGCUCUCGCAAGCGCUCCAGCUCGCGCGGGAAGCGCUCAGGCUCUCGCGAGCACUCUUCCAGGGCCCGCGGUCGCCGCUCCCGCUCGAGGAACCGUCGUUCUCGCUCCAGGGACCGGCGCUCUCGCUCCAGGGACCGACGUUCGCGCUCGAGAGACCGCCGGUCUCGCUCCAGGGACCGUCGCUCGCGCUCCAGAGACCGCUACCGUCGCCACGGUCGUCGCUGAAGUGA